GCUCACAUCGCCGAAGUUCAGUGCCCGUACUGUACGGCCGUCGCAAUCCUCAAGGGUUAUCGAUCUCCAUCCCCACCAAAGCAUCGCGGGGCAACAGACCAAAUCGCCUCUCGGACCUCCAAUCGUUUAGUGGUUCCCUGCGGGAGGGAGACUUUGAUAGUAUCAUGACGACGUCGCCGACUUACUCCGACCUACGAGAGGCAUCGGUUCGUUUGGCAUUCCGACGACCCCUGAGUGUGCCUAGUCCGGCCGACUUCAACCCUCGACCACUGGCGCUUCCGUCAAUGCCGAGCUCCCGAGCGACAUCGAGACGUGCAUCUCGCGUGUCUCAUCUGCAGGUUGAUGACCCUGCUCCUAUGCCCGAUUCGGCUACGUUGCCACCUCUAGGCAUCCCUGCUAAUCCGCGACCGAUACAGCGCUCGACCACGUCCGCUAGCGACUCCGUCUCCCGUCAAAAGGCGAGGGGCAACAUGAUAUGAUGAGAGUGGUGCGUUGGAGACGUGUCCUGAUCACCCAAUGUGACGAGAAAAAAUGGAGGAGACAUAAAGUUUUUGAUCAAGGCGAAAAUCAUGCAUCCAAAAUGACUCC